ACGUCGGACGUCCCCGCGCGCGGAGGGCUGGAGCGUGGCCGCGGCGCCGGGGAGCGUUAGGCGGGAGCGAGGGGCUUGGCGGCGGCGCCUGUCUCACUCAUGAGGAGCCGGAAGCUCACAGGGGCAGUGCGGUCUUCGGAGCGUCUGCGAGCCCGGAGUUGCUCAGCCAGGUUGACCUCUGCCCAGGAAGUCAGGACCGCCACGUCUGGCAGGACAGUAUGUCAGACUUCCUCACACAAAGCCACGGACAGGCGAACUUCCAAGAAGUUCAAGUGUGACAGAGGUCAACUUGUGAAGUCAGAAUUACAGAAACUGGUCCCUAAGAACGAGGGUGCUGCCCUGCCCCGCGCGCCGCCGGAGCCCCCCGGUGGAAAUGAGCCCCUGGCGCUGGAGGAGGACGGCCCGUCUCCCCCGGGAGAGGAAGCCGGCAUCUCUGCUCCACGGGGGACCGCAGGCCUUCCCUUCGGUCACGGCCGCGUCGUGAGUGAUGCGUGCUCAGCAAGGACUGUCGACGGCCUGCCCCGCGCCCUCCCCGGAGGGGAGUCGGACAGCAGCUCGGCCGCGGGGGGCUCCGUGCUGCAGAUGGACGGCAGCGCCCUUUUGGAUGACGACAGCAACCAGCCCAUGCCCGUGAGCCGGUUCUUCGGGAACGUGGAGCUCAUGCAGGACCUCCCACCAGCGUCUUCGUCCUGUCCCUCCGUGAGCAGACGGGAGUUCAGGAAGAUGCACUUCAGAGCCAAAGAUGACGACGACGAGGAGGACGCAGAAAUGUAGGAAUAAAGUGCACGGUGACUGCCUUGCCUGUUCAGUGCGCCCACAGGUGACAGCUUAGGUUACGGGACUUAGGAAAGGGACCCUCGGGAGGAUGUGUCCUUAAGCACACUCCCUGGGGGGCUCCGCUGGGAGCCGAGCCGUCCUUGCGGGGGGAAGCUGCUGCUGCUUGCAUGAGGCGUCUGGUCCCCGCCUGGACAGAUGUGAGGUGGUUGGAGGCAGCCGCGGGCCGGGGUAACGGAGAGGUUUGUGAAGGAGACGCCCGGAGUGUUAGCCCUUCACGGGCUGACUCGGGCGGUUCCGAGAACUCGUCUCUGUGAGGCUGAGGUUGACCUUGGACGUUCUGCAAGAGGCACGUGGGAAAAUAAAAUAUAUUUUGAAAAUA